AUGAAUGCAAAAAGAAUUGGUUGGUCAAAAAAGCUUGAUGAUGCUCUAUGGGGCUAUCGCACCAUGUUCAAGACUCCCAUAGGUAUGUCCCCCUACCAACUUGUGUUUGGGAAGUCUUGGCAUUUGCCUGUAGAGUUAGAGAAUAAAGUGAUAUGGGCACUCAAGAAGCAGUAUUUGGAUUGGGAUGUUGAAUCAAGUCAAAGGUUGAAUGAUUUGAAUGAGCUCAAUGAGUUUCACCUAAAAGCAUAUAAAAGUUCAGCUUUGUACAAGCAGAAAAUGAAGAGGUUGCGGUUGUUUCCUGGCAAGCUCAAGUCCAAAUGCAAGUGGAUGGAGGAGAAUCCUAGCAAGUAUAGCUCGGAGACAGUGAGGGAUUUCUACGCUUCAUAUGCAGCUAAUGUGGAGAACGCUAUGCCACCAUGA